AUGGCUCUGCGCGACUACAGCCCAUCACUCAAGACGCUCUUCCGUCAGACCAACUGCCUGAAGGUGGACUGGGAUGGUCGGCCACUCGACCUAGGAGACGACCCGCAUGGCUACCUACUGCACCCGGAAGAAGUCAUGCUGGCCUCUACCCUUCGCCUCGAUUGUGCGACAUAUCUCACGAGCAAGCGCCGCAUCUUUCAGCGGAGGCUGGAGUGCCUGCGUAUUGGCAAGGAGUUCCGUAAGACGGACGCGCAGAAGGCAUGCAAGAUUGAUGUCAACAAGGCCUCGAAGAUGUGUACAGCAUUCAAGACCGUGGGUUGGUUAGACGAGUCAUUCAUGCGCCGAUUCCUGUGA